AUGGCAUCUACUUUGCGAACUUCUUCGAUUGCAGUCUUGUCUUCACAACAUCACUCUUCCCCUUCCACUCAUUCUCUCUCCCUAACCAAAGGAAAGUCUCAGUUUUCAGUUUUGAGUGUUGCCACUGAAAUUAACUCUCCACAACAGCAUAUUCAGAUUCAGAGGAUUGUUUCUAAAGAAAGCCAAAGGCCAGUGUACCCGUUUUCUGCCAUAGUUGGACAGGAUGAGAUGAAGCUUUGCCUUAUUCUCAACGUGAUUGAUCCAAAGAUCGGAGGUGUAAUGAUCAUGGACGAAAGGGGAAUCGGGAAAUCUACAACUGUUAGGUCAUUAGUCGAUUUACUUCCUGAUAUCAAGGUUGUUGCUGGUGAUCCUUAUAAUUCAGAUCCAGAAGAUCAAGAAUUCAUGGGUGUUGUACCCCAAAAUUUGUCCUUCCAUUUUACUCGACAUAUGUUCAUGGAGAUCCUCAACUUGCUCAAGGAUACCCAAAAGUUGACCAGACAAACUCUCUCCUAA